UCCCACACUGCUUGCUGAACUUGUUUUGGAAUGUAUUUAUGGCAGGCGCGCUCCCGAUGCCUGCGCCGUAAAACGAGUCGGAUUGGCACUGUUAACGUAGAUAGCGGAUUACAAUGUCAAUUAUUUUGGGAACACUGCAAGCUUCCAUUUUAACAGUCCGUGAGGGAUAUGCCUUUUACAUUUUAUUAAACUUGUUCCAGUUAUAACAAUAUUUGACAUUCAGUACAGCGAUGUUUUGUAAGGACAAUAUCCUGAAGGACUUCUAGAGUCAAAUUAUAAAUAAUAUCAUAUGGAGUUUUAGCGCAACGUUAAGUUCCGUGGAGCCAUAGCGCGAAGAAGGCGUCAUGUAGGAGCGCGCUUGCGUCAGUGUGCGCGUGACCCGGGGCAGGGGGACAGCAUGAGGCGCGAGGAUUCCGACUCAAACAGCUUUUUUUCUUCUGGGGAAAAUUCCGACCACGAGUAUGAGGAGGAGCAGGGAGCCAGGCGUCCGGAGAUGGUCAGUGGAUGCAGAUGUGGGCGAGACAAGGGUCGGUGCAUGCACUGCUGUAAAAGACGCACCAAGCCGGAUGCAAUGAAGGGAGAGUUCUGUGAGACACAAUGGGGGCUGAUAACCAGAUACUCAGAAGGAUAUGGCACAGAGGAGGAGUGUGGCCAGUCAGAUCCUCAGGGAGAGAGUGAUGCAGAUGCUGAUAUAGAGGACACAGAUAGCCGGCUUCCAGAAACAGGUCCGCUGCAGCGAAUCAGCUCUCGGAGACGUCGCCGGCAACGAGUACCGCGGCAGGACACCACGGAAAGCGAGGAUGAUGGAGGGCGGAGCCACAGAGUUCACCGUUGGAAUCUUCGACUCAGUCCUCAUCGCACACACGGCAGGACUAUCCUGGAGGAAAGUGUGUCCCAGGUCCGGCCGCUUGUUCUCUGUCGGCCCUGUGUUGGCCAGGGCCAGCCUGAUACCACACGAUGGCCAAAAAGUGGAAUGUGGUCACUGUGCAGGUGGCCGCUGUUACUCUCGGUCUCCCUGGUCCUCCUCCUCUUGCUCCCCGUCUUUGCUGUCAUCAUCAUAUUAUUCCUAAGGUCUUCUGCCAAUACCUGACACCUCUAUUUCUUGCUGACUAUUUUAGUCAUUUUCAUGUGAAUACAAUACUUAUUUAAUGUAAACCAACUGUCAUUGCUUUUGAAAACUAAAACCUUAAAAUAUCUAAAUAUUAGGCCUGUUUUGCUAUUUUUUAUUCAUUUGGAAGCUUAAGUAUUCCCCCAUGUCUUUUUUCACAUCAACAUAAAACCAGACUCCGUAAUUGCUCAUGGCUUAGUCAGCUUGUUAUGUUUUAACCUUCCCUACCUUUCUGACUCAGUUCUCUCUGUGCUUUCAUUCAUUACAAAAUGGAAACAGUGCAUGAAAUUAUAUCUGCUUUGUCACAUGUCAAAAUUGUAAUGUGGAAAACUGUAAAUAAUUCAAGCUAUGCAAUCUGCCAGUCCAUGUAUUUUAAAAUUUAGUAUCCUGCCUUUUUCAAAAGUGAUGGAUGAAUGGUGAAGCAUUUAAAUGUGCCCUCUAAGUCUCCCUAGUGGCAGUCAUAGGGACUGCAGGAAGUCCUUGGAGAUACAGAGGUAUGGUGCUCAGGGUUUAUAGUCAGUAAAACUUAUAAAAAAUUCUGAUUGGGCAGAGGCCCUUUGUAUGAAGGCGCUAUUAUCUUUUGUGCCCUACUGCUUACUUUGUAAAUACAGUCACACAUGCAUGGCUGCUGCACCUCAGCUUGCCCAGCCUGCACUCAGUGUGAAGACAGAAAAAAAUAGGCUUGUGCCAUGUGGCCACUGGAAGACGCAGGUGGAAGGCCCUUUUGGCCUAGGCUGAUACAUUUGCAGGGGUGGGUGAUGCAGCUUUCACUCUGUGAGUAAGCUUUGCCUUCGCGGAGAGCGGUUUGCAUUCAAUGUCUUACCAACCACCACUUCAUUUGGGGCCUGAUUGAAAUAAAACUUGGUUAACAUUUUUGAA